UAUUUAUAUGUGCUAAUAUAACAAUGAAUGACUCAAUAAUUACUACUCCACUUAAAUUGUCUUUAUUACACAUUCAAUUUUUCUAUUUAUGUGUUAUACACUAAAAACACUCGAGAGUCAUUUAUGAAUUGCAUUCUUUUAACUACACCUUCAUCCCUUACUCUUCUUUCUCCAUCUUUUUAUCAGUUUAGAAAGUCAAGAAAUCCCCAUCAGUAAUUCUCUGAAAGUCUGAAUAAUUCCACCUUAAAUGAUAUUGUAACCAAAAAAAAAAAAAAUCCACUUUAAAUUCAGAAUUUGAAGCAACUACAACCUGUCGUUUCCUAAUCAAAAAACCCAAAGGUCAUAUCAUGAAUUUUACCACAUACUAUUUGCAAGUCUAUGAAAAAGCAAAUCCAACAGGACUUGGAAGCUAAUGGGAGAUCCGUACUUGUUACCUUCUUUGAUCUAUGUAAUUCGAGUUUUCAGCAGAGAAUCCUACAGAUAUUAUCAUCCCAAGCAAAAUUCUCAAAUCGUGAAUGCUCCGAGAAUAGUUCCAGAUCUACUAAGAAUUGAGUACAUAUCUCAUCUUAGUGUGAGGGAAAACAAACUGUAUUGUAGAUAGCAUCUAUGGAAAGAACUGAGCAACUUCCACUCUGAAGAAGAUAAAGUUACUUGAAAGAGAAAUAGGUUGACUUAAAAUGACUUUACUGGCCAAAGAGGAAGGUCUGAGUGCAGCUUAGAAUUUCUUCAAUGAGAAAGUAAUUGCUCUUCACUAGCACAUGGCAAAUUUGAGAUUCUCUAAGAGCCUAGCUUGUGGCAUGCUUGUCCAAAAUCAAGAGAAACCAACGAAACUAACAGUUUACUUGGUUCUGUUUAUCCUUUAUACUUGGAUCUUUGUCAAAUUCAUCAUGACUUGAUUGACUUCACUUUCAAAUGAAAAGAAGCACAAGUGGAAGUAUCAAUAUGCUCAAAGAAAGCUCUUGCCACUCUUUCCUUAAAAUGCAAAUCUUCUUCCUUAUGUUUUUCAUCUUAAUUAGCCUGUCUUUCCAAGAAAUUUUACAAUUUCCAAGCACGGAACAUUCCAUCUUACUAAGCUUGAAACAGCACUGGAGCGAUUCGAAGUUCCUCCAGUCAUGGGAUUUGAAAUUUUCGCCAUGUGGUUGGUCUGGAGUGACAUGCAUCUAUGGCAUUAGCAUCGUGAAGCUAGAUCUUGAAGAAAAGAGGAUUACUGGAACAAUUCCAUCAACAAUAUGCCAACUCAAGAACCUUACCGUGAUUGAUCUCUCCAACAACAACAUAUCUGGGGCCAUACCAGCUAGCCUGAGGGACUGCUCAAAGCUACAGCAUUUGGACCUGUCCAACAAUUCUUCGACAGGCCAAAUUCCAGGUCACUUGUUCCAAUUGCAGUAUUUGCAUCACUUGUCACUAAGUCACAACCACUUGUCGGGUGCGAUACCUGAUGCAAUAAACUUGGUUAGUUUGUCUGAUAUGGAUCUUUCUCAUAACCAAUUGAGUGGAUCUAUACCGAAGGGACUUGGUGAUUUACCUAGAUUGUAUGUUUUGGAUUUAUCUCAUAAUCAGUUAUCAGGAAACAUUUCGGAGAAUUUAGAUCAUCUUAGGCGGCGUAUAAAGACCCUUAGGCUUUGCUCCAACAAAUUCAAAGGGAGAAGCUCUGUUGAAUUUUUGAGGCUAACGUUUGAAGAGAAUUGCUUUGAUGAAUCCAACCUUUGUUCCAAUAACUCUUUCCCUGGCUUACCAAGCUGUUCUUCUGGUGAUAAGGUUCUAAAAUUUAUGAGAGAAAAACACUUCAUUAUCAUAAUUCCUGCUGUAGGUGUUGGAGUAGCUAUACAGUUAGUAUGGAUCUUUUAUAUGGUCAGAAAGCAUUGCUCGAAAAUGAAGAACCAAAAUUCCAAAGAGGACUUGAGGUUCAUUACAUUUCACAAGCUUAAGUUAACUAAGGAGGACAUUGUAUCUAGCUUGAAAGACGAAAAUGUAAUUGGACAUGGAGGAUCAGGGAAGGUCUACCGGAUGGCGAUCAAUCAAACUGGAGACACCUUUGCUGUCAAAAGCAUAGGGCAUGACAAAAGAUUAGGUGAAAAAUUCCCAAAGGAUUUUCUGGCAGAAAUUCGAAUAAUUGGUCUCAUUCGACACAGAAACAUUGUCAAGCUCUUUUGCUGCAUCUCUAGCACAGACAAAAACCUUCUAGUCUAUGAAUACUUUGAGAAACAAAGCCUGGACAAAUGGCUACGGAGAAAGAAAAGAGCAGUAUCACCAGGUCAAAGUAGCAUCCCAUCCCUGGAUUGGUGCAGCUCAAGGACUCUGCUACAUGCACCAAGAUUGCACUCGACCCAUCAUUCAUAGAGACAUUAAAUCAUGCAAUAUCCUUCUGGACUCAGAAUUCAAUGCAAAAAUAGCAGAUUUUGGACUAGCCAAAAUACUAGCCAGGCAAAAUGAUGAUCCUGAAACAGCUUCUGCUGUUGCUGGAACUUUUGGUUACAUUGCCCCAGAGUAUGCCUCGACAUUCAAAGUGAAUGUGAAGACAGAUAUCUAUAGCUUUGGAGUGGUGCUAUUAGAACUGACAACGGGGAGAGAACCCAUUAUCCAGGAUGAGCAAAUGAAUCUAGCACAAUGGGCUGAAAAGCGUUACAGAGGGAAAUUCUAUCGCGGGUGCUCUUGAUGAAGAAAUCAUGGAAGCAAGUAAUUUGGAACAAAUGACAAGUGUUUUUAAAUUAGGACUGAUGUGCACUGUAGCAUCACCAUCUGGUAGGCCAUCAAUGAAGGACGUUUGCUACAUUCUUCAAAGCUGCAGAGACCCCACUCUUUGAGGGUGUAGUCUUAAAUCAACAAACAUAGUUGUAAUUUGUAAAUAUAAAAUAGAAUCAGAAAUCCAUGAUGAUAACAAUAUCUUACAGAGAUAUAUACUAUCAGUCCUGUGCUCUAUACCCAACUUGUUUGGGAUCGAGGCAUAGUUGUUAUA